UUUGCCUCCAUCCUUCCUCCGUGCUUGCCUCUCGUGAGGAAUCGCAGGAAUGGCAAAGCGGCCGUGGGUGCGCUGCUGCGUUCCUGGCUGCAGCAAAGGAGCGUUGCAGAGGGAGCGAAGUCGGGCUCUGUCGGUGUUUCGAGUGCCUCGCGAGGCCGCGGCCAGAGAGCUGUGGGAGAGGCGGCUUGAAAUGACACCCGGGUCUCUGCGGGCCGACAGCCAGCUGUGCGAGCUCCACUUCGAGCCCAGCCAGAUCUGUCGCGAUUACGUGCACCACAUUGGUGGAAAAGAGGUGAGGAUACCACGUGGAAGGGCAGCAUUACUGCCUGGUGCGCUACCGCUGGCACCUCCUCAUGGAGAAGAGCAUCCGGAUCCCAAGAGGCCAGGCAGUGAGCUCAACUCCAUCAAAGAACAUGUGCACAAGCUCUCAGCCAUCCACCUGCCCUCCAAGUACUGGUCCUGCAUUCGUUGCCACAACCUCGAAGGAGCAGUGUUUGCCACUUCGUCAUUUAAUCCUGCCACAAACGACUUGAUCACUGAGAAGAUGGUGGUUGUGCAGUGGGCUCCCAAUGAGAGGCGAGAAACACUUGUGUGUGAGACAUUUGUACAUGGACGUCGCUUGGGGGAUGUGAUUGUGGGUGAUCUGUGUGUCGUUCAGCAGGCACUCUGUAUGCUGGACGCAUUGCAGCUCUGUGCAGGUGUGGGCAGCAUUGAGUAUGUGCUCGAGCAGUUGGGUGGUCGCCUGACAGCUCACUUGGAGCACAGUCUAGUGGCACAUAAAGGCACCUACUUCAGCCAUGCAUGCGUGGCCACUGUGGAAGCUGUAGGUGCAUCCUGUGCUUCUUGCAAGCUAGCCAGGAAGGCUGUGCUGACCAAGAAGUCUGCGUUACUCAGGAAGAACUUCCUUGUGUCAUAUGUGGACAGCUCUGCAGAGACUAAGUGAGACAAAGAGACUGCUAGAGCCAUGGGCAGCAAGAACAACAUUGUAAACCAAACUAAGAGCUUUUUUUUCUUUUCACCAGUUCAACUGCGGGUGGAGUCCGCUUCUCCUGCAUUAUCCUUCCCCCUCAAAAGUUCACUUGUUCAUUUUUCUUUUCUAAUUGGCAUUGCCUGCUAUAUGUUUAUGGUGCGGGCUCAGGAUUUGUUUUUCAUACCUCACAAUGAAGAUUGCUAAAGCCAUGGAUGUGGUGGCAAGGUCGUGAAAGAGGCUUGCCGGAUGGUUGCCUUCUCAUUCUUUGUGGCGUCUACUCAACUCGAAUUGACUGUGAAUUCAUGAACAAAAGUGUGCAUAUUACGUCUACCUUGUAUGCUUUGUAAAAAAAGAUUAAAAAUGGUAUUAACUUCUGCAUGUUACUACA